UAUCAGACUCAUACAUGUGCAGCGUAGAAGCGUGUUCACUGAGACUAAAGCAUGAUCAGAGACCAUUGGUUGUUGAAAGGAAGGAGUGAUGGAGUCUUUCCCAGGAGAUGGGGAGGGCAGCCUUGAUGACGGAGGAAAGAGGAAGUCUAAACUGAAGACCCUUAAGAUACGUCUGUUUGGGAGGACCAAGUUCAGCCAGUCUGCUAGUGAUGUCACUGAGGCGGAGGGGCUGGGCUCAGCCGAGAAUCUGUUUUCAGGCGUUUUGGGAUCACGAGCGUUGUCACAUGACAGUAUCUUCCUGCCCGACCAGGAUCUGUCUAGUCCGGAGCAGCCCAGAGUUCUAUCCCAGGAGAACGUCCAAGGCAGGAUCAAAGAACUCCAGAUGAAGCUGCUGCAGCAGAACAUGCAUCUAGGCCCGCCCCCACUGGUUCUGCCAAUUAAACAUCCCGAGGACCUGGGGGGCAGCUCAGAGGACGAUGGUCUGCCCCACAGCCCCCCCGAAAUCUCCAUAGGCAACAACAUAGCCCCCAGGGGGUUAUCUUACAAGUUCCCUGCUCCUCCCAGGCACCAUAGCUCUCUGAGUUUAGCAGGAACAGGAAGUGAGAAGGAAGUGCAGGCCUGCUCCCAACCCUCGUCCCAUCCCCUCUCCCCCGUGCCCAAACCUCCUCUUACCAACUCCGUGCCCCCCACCCCAUCUGCCCCCCAAACUGGCUUCUCCCCUGCCCCCCCUGCCUCCCCUGCCUUGGACUUCAGCACCCCAGCCCAGUUCACCCCCUGCCUGGAUAACUCUGCCGCCCGCCACCGCAUGUCCAUCAAACCCAGGAACCAGAGAGCCAGCGCCAAGAACAAAAGGCUGAACAUUACUGAGUCGAGACCACGCUCAGAGAGUCUCAACAACUUUGACCAACCGUUGACUGAAGAAGAGGAAGGGCCUGCCAUUACCGGGAGGAGAACACAUUUACGCUGUCACUCUACCCUGAUCCCAAAGGCGCAACAAGGGGGGUCGACCACCCCCACUGCACCCCCAGAGCUGACACCCCUAAAGUCGAGUUCCACAGAGGCUGAGGGGUCCCCCCAAAAAACCACUCUCCCCUGCAAGCCCUCCCCACAGGAGCAGCCCCAUCCUGGGGUUCCAGUUGUCUCCCCUGUGACCCGCCAGCUACCUGGAGCUAAACAGCCACAGCCCUCAUCUGUGACCACAGUGCAGGACCUGAGAUACACUCCACAACAACAGUCCCUGAAACAGUCCCUGGGAGACCCCAAGCCCCCAGACCCAUCCCAAACCAAGAGGGACGUCCUGAGCAAGAGUGGGGUACCGAAUUCUACCCCCAGCACCGAGGGUAGCCCCAAAGACGAACCACUCCUUUCUGCCAGGCCCACAGCUAGCCUGACCUCAGUGGUGACUCUCAGAACGUCCUCUCUGAGGAGCAAGACAGAGGCUAGGGCUGGUGGUCAGAGUACCACACAGCCACCUGCAGGCCAGGAGGACACAUGUCAGGCAGAGCCAAUGUCCACUGAAGGAGCUCCGAAGCCAGGCUCCAGGCCCUUCCUGUUCUCCAUCAACUCAGCCAAGGGGCGAGAAACACCCAGGAUGGGAAGUGGUGGUUUCUUGGUAGUAGUGGAGCAGGCUGGGGAUGGGGAGAAGAGGGAGGGGAGGGAGGAGGGGACAGAGGUAAAGUUGACCCCCUCAAACGCCAGCCAGAGGGGGCAGGAGCAGCAGAGGGGCAGGCGGGAGAGGGACAAGCCCAAAGAAGAGGAGUUGACUGCCAUCGAUAUGGGGGGGAAAGUCUCAGAAGGGGAGGAGGUGGAGGAGGAGUGCGGUGAGGGAGUGGAGGAUGCAGUGGAAGCAAAGGAGGAGACAGAGGUAGAUGGGAAAAUUGCAUUUGGCGUGAACCUUCGCUCCAUCUCUCUCUCUCCGAGGGUACAGGCGGAGGCAACCACCAGCCAAUCAGAUCUCAAGAUAAAGCGUCACAGUGCGGAGGUGGGCGCUCUCCUUCUUGCCCCUUAUACUCCCUCCUCAAAACCCACCAGGCUUGAGGGGCUUCGGGACACCCCUCCAACCAGGGCUAACUCCAUGCCCAAAAAGCUCUAUACAAACAACUGGGAUGCCCCCACAACACUGUAUUCCUCCAGGGGAAGAGCUGGCUCCCUCAGAGAAGCAGAUACAGCAACCCCCGCCCAGCCGACCCCCUCGCCUCUCAUCAAAGAGGCCCAAACCACCCCAGCUACACCUAAAGAGGCCCAAACCACCCCAGCUACACCUGAAGAGGACCAAACCCUGCCUGUCCUACCCAUAGAAGCCCAGGCUACCACCUCAGCCCCUCAGAACCCCCCGACUGCCCCCCAGGCGGCACCCCAGGCUGCCGUAUCGUGGAUGAGCAUGGCAUGGGGGAAGACCAGGGGCCUCCAGCAGCUCUUCACCAGCAGUUUGCCCAGAGAGUUCACCGGCAUGCAGUCCCCAACUCAACCGCAGGCUCAGACCAAAACGCAACCACACACACCGUCACUGGCUAGGAUUGUGAUGCAAACUCAGAGACAGAAUGCAACAGAACCACAAACGACAAUGCCACCACAGGCUCAGACCACAAUGCAACCCCUGACUGCUAAACUACUGCAGUCACAGAAUGCAGUGCAACCACCACAGACAGUAGCACAAGCCCCCACACAGACCAUAAAACUACCAGUGACACAGACCACAACGCCACCACAGGCUCAGACCACAAAGCUACCAGUGACACAGACCACCAAACACCUGCAGACCACCAAAACACCACAGACACAGAACGCAACACAACCACAAACAAUGACACAACAAUCAACACAGAACUCAAAACCAUCAACACAGACGUCCAACCAAAUCAACACUCGAGCAGCACAACCAAUCGCUACUCAACCUCUAGCCCAGUCUACACAACGCUCCGUGUCUCAGGUGACCCCACAGUCCAGCCGGCGAGCAAACCAGCCCACCCUGUGCUCCACUCCACAGACCCAAGCCCAAAUAACACUACGGAUCGCCCCAAUGGGUGCAACUUCCACUCAGCCACCGUCCCCAUCUACCCUCUCGUCAAGCCCACGCUCCACACCCAGCCAGCCCCCUUGGAGCGCACAAGGUCUCAACCCUAUCCCCCAGCCCAAACCAGCCUUAGCUCCAACAACAACCCCAGUCCAACUCCUAGUGAGAGGUGAGAAGGUCCCUGGCGACCAGAGGAAUAGUGAGGGGACGGCUGUGUCAACAGAGAAGAGGGUGGACCGGGACAGGCCAUUGACUGUGGGAGGGACGGCAGCCUUUUUGGGGAAACGGGCAGAGUGGACCCCCCCUGCUGGAAGCAAGGUAGAGCUCAGGAGAACCAGGACCCCACCUGAGUCUCAGCCCACGGCUGAAUUGGCUGCUCCUCCCAAAGCCACAACUACUCACAGAGACGCUAAAGAUGCCAAACUCGACAGGAGGCCAGAAUCGAGCCCAGCCAUAGUGGCAGGCAGACUUGCAGACCGAGACAACAAAUGGCUGAGGAAAAACAUGCCAACUUCAUUGUCUCCAUCAUCACCUUCGUCAUCAUCCCCCUUGCAGACCAUUUCUGACAGCGGGGGUCAGCCAUCUUGGAUGGAACUGGCCAAGAGGAAGUCAAUGGCCUGGAAUGACAAGACCAUGGACUGAUAGAAUGAGAAAGAAAGAAAGAAAGAGAAAGAAAGAAAGAAAGAAAGAAAGAGGGGGAGCGUCGGGGGGAUAUGUACUGUAAAUAUAGAGAGAUAAAAAGAGAGAAGGGGGAGUUCCUUAUUUGAAUGCACUUAUUACUAAUUGCUCUGGACAAGAGCUCCAUUGUAAGUUGUGAGAGACAGAGGGAGAGAAACAUCCACAAUGGUAGUGAUGGGAAUGUAGAGAGACUGAAGGAGAUGUUGAGUUCAUUGAAGUGGAAUUUAAUAGACUUUGGAAGCAACAGCUAUUGGCAAAACAUGCUUCCCUUGAAUGUACAGACAUGCUGUGUUUGCAAAACAAUGUUUGUAUUUCAUUUUUUUGUAUGGGAUAACUAUGAAGCUGAUUGGUUUCCUGUCAAUAAAUUCUUAUGUUUGGAGUUUUGAUCCAAACAUAUUUUUUUCCCAAAGUCUGGGCUUAUGUUGGAGAUGGAAAUAAUAUUAUUGGAAUUAUCUACGAAUGCUUCAUCAGAAAUAAAUGAUUUCUAUGA